AUGGCUGCCCAGGAGCAUCCCGUCAGCCACUUGUUUGUCGGCAGCCGAGGCCAUCUGCCCGACAUCGUCACGGUUGCCCGCCUGAGGGUCACAUCGCGGCGCAUCCGGGCUGCCUUCACCAUAGCAGAGCUGCGCAACCGCCUCGCCAACUCACUGAGCCGUGACGGAGAUGGCAUCAACACUCAGCAGCUGCAGCUGGUGCGGUUCGACCCAUCGCUGGGGAUGGGUGAGCUCAUGGCGGCCGUGUGGAUCGCCGAGGAGGGCGGGCGGUGGGAUGAGACGGGGGAGGUGCUGCAGUGGGCCAGCCAGUGCCGCUACUGCACACUGCCCCUCAACCUCACGGCAGACGACAUCAACACACAUGCCAACAAGACGGUAAGGCACACACACAGAGGGGUGGGAGAGAACAGAGAGGCCUCAGUCAUUCCUCUCUCUCUCUGUCUGUCUGUCUGUGUGUCUGUGUGUGUGGUGUCGUGUAGGCGUAUAGAUCGGUAGCUCGUGUGUUGGCGCAGCUGAUGGUGGUCGGCCGCUACAUCGACUUCGGUGACGGCAGCUGCCUGCAGAUCUUCCGCCAUCCCAAUGGUGAGGUGCGGGCCAUCAAGGACGAGCCCGGCUUCCGGCUGGACAUCGACCCGCCCCUCGCCGCCCACCAUCUGUACCAGCGGCACCGACUACAGCAUGACCCACCACUGGACAGCCACAUCGAGUCCUUGGGCGGAUGAGUGUCGAGCUUCCUGUACGAGUAUGCUUCGUUGUCGUCGUUGGCCAAGCGUGUGAUCCUCCGCCACUUCCUCAAGACUCACCAGAUCAAUCUCACAUCGACUACACUCACCAGGUACCACACAAAUGGCACCAGUGGGCGAGAGGGGUGCGUGUCUGAUUGUGUGGUGUGUGUGUGUGUGGUUGGUUCAGGCGUGUUGGUGGCCGCCGUCUGGAUGGCCUCCUCAUCCAGUCGCCCCACACACCGGUGGCCGGCUGCACCACCACAUUCAGCCGGGACGGUCGUGUGCGGUUUCUGGUGCUCACCGACAGCCACGACUUCGUCGCAUGGAUUGCCAUUGUGGAUAUGGGAAACAACACCGGUCAGGCCGACAGACAGGCAGCUCUGCUGGUGAUCAAAUGUCAUGUGUUGUUCUCUCUCGUCUGUCUGCAGUGAGGGUGGAUGUUCGGACAACAGAGGCACCUGUGUGUGUGAGCGGUUCCUUCAAGGACCGCUUCCCGGUGACCACUCAGCUGGCCCGUGUGGCGUUGGGGCGAGUGACGCCAUACGUCUUCGACGGCCAAGUACAGCAGCAGCAGGACGACGACAGCGACGAUGACGGCAUGGGCUGA